UGCCAGCUGAAUUGAAAAAUAAAACAUUUCACCACUUUCCAAAAGAUCAGGCCAGGUUGCAAAUCUGGAAAAAGAUUUGCAACAUAUCUUCUGAAAUAAAUUGUUCCAAUCAUCGAAUAUGUGAAAAUCAUUUCGAUGUUUCUGAUUUCAAUAACCCAAAUGACCCUGUCCGUCUGAACUGUAAGGCCAUUCCUCGAUCGUUGAAUGUUAAACUUCAGAAUGAGCACUCCUAUGCCCAAAAAACACUUAACGAUUCAUCAUUUUGUGGAGCUUCUUCUCCAUUUAGUCUUGACUCUUCAUCUGAAAUUUCUGUUCAGCCUGAAAACAGCAAAACACCUAUUUCUGAUAGCCCCUCAAUUAGUCUUGAGAAAUCACCUUGUAAUCCAGAUGGAGACGAUACUGUAGAACCUGGUUCCCUUUCAAAAAAAAUUUCAGAUAACCCCGUAUCAUCCCCAAUAAAAACUUGUUGCAAGAACAAUGCUGAUUAUGUAGAUGUGACAGACAAGUAUUUAUUUCUCACAGAAAAUAAAACAUUAAUUUUAACAAAAGCCGGGCUCAAAAAAUCAGAUCUUACUCCUCCAGAAAACAUCAUGUAUCAAGUACAUCGUAAUGUACAAUCUAAAUUUUGUAAAUUGAAAGCAUUAUUUGAUAAAGAACACACCGAAUUAUCAGAACUGAAAACUUUGUAUACAGAUGGUAAAUUUCAAUUAAUUGAAGAAAAUUUAAAUCAAGUCACGAAAAAUUUCAUUAAUAGUCAGUUGAUAAAUUUCAAUAAGCCAAGUACAGGUCGAAGAUGGUCUGUAAAUGAUAAAACUUUUGCCCUUUCCAUUUUUAAAAGGAGUCCUAGGCUUUAUAAAUACCUUAGAGCUUUUUUCCAAUUACCAUCUCCUAGGACUCUCCAGACACUUCUCUCAAAUAUCCCUUUUGAAUGUGGUAUUUUAAGGCCAGUCAUGGAACAUUUGAAAGCUCAAACUGAGAAAAUGCAUGUGCUGGACCGAUGUUGUGUCCUAAUUUUCGACGAGAUAUCUUUGUGCAGUGGCUUUUCUUAUGAAAGACGCAAACAGAGAAUCUCGGGCUUUGAAGAUUUGGGUUCACUAGGUCGAACAUCUAAUCCAGCAAAUCAUGCGCUGGUUUUUAUGAUACGGGGUAUUAAAGUAAAUUUUAAAGUACCAGUAGGUUAUUUUUUCACCAAGGAUACUGUUAAAUCCUCAGAUUUGAGUAAACUCAUUGUGAUGGUAAUUGGGGCCUUACAGGUAGUGGGAAUAGAAAUUUGUGCUACAGUAUGUGAUCAGGGUAGUACAAACAGAAGUGCACUCAACUCACUGGUUCAGAACUGCACUGAUGACAAGCCAUCUUCUUAUCAUUUUAUAGUUAAUCAAAAACCAAUAUUCACAAUUUAUGACGUUCCCCAUCUUUUAAAAAACACCAGAAAUUCUAUAAUUAAGAGCAAAUUUGAAUUUGAAAAAGGAAAGUUUGCGAGUAUGGAACAUAUAAAGCAAGCUUUCCUUACAGAUAGAGAUAAGCGGACUUAUAGUUUAAUUCAUAGAUUAAAUGAAAACCAUUUCAAUUUCAACGACACUUAUAUGAAAAUGAAAGUAAAUGUGGCAGCCUGACAACUUAGUGCCACGAUGGCAGGAGUGAUAGAAUUACUUCAUGUAUGUGGAGAAUUGAGUGUUGAUGCAUUAGGAACUGCAGAAUUUUGCCAUCUGAUGGAUGAUUUAUUUGAUUCACUGAAUAGUUCACAGUUUUAUAAUAUUCAAGGAAAAAAAUUUCGAUGUGCACUGUCUGAAAACUCACCUCACUUAGAAUUUUGGUCCAACCUACUGCCUAAAUUAAAGAAUUGGAAAAUUUUUGAAAAUGGGAAACUUAAAAAUAAUUUCAAAUUUGUUGAAGGUUGGCAAAUUAGUAUAAAAUCAGUAAUGGCACUUUGGAAAACAUUAAAAUC